CCGCUUUUCUUGUAGAAAACUACCAUUUUAUUUAUUGAAAUAUUAAUAGUGGAUAAUUGAUAGCGGGUUCUUCAGCUAGAUUUAUAUGUGAUACCGGUGUUAAGUGUUCAUUGUUCGGGAGACUUUUCCUCUUUGUUUGAGACAGUAAAUCGAUUUCACUUUUUGAUUUUUUUCCGCCGCUUUAUUCGUAAGAGCAAUACAUGCGGUAUGAUAUUGAACAAUGAUUUUGGGGGGCGUUUGUGAAUUAUUGAGUCGUUAAUUGAUACUUCAUACUUGUUCCUCUACGAACAUUUUCACUGAAGUUGGGAGAGACAGAGUGUAUAAAUAUGGUUUAUAUUACGGUUAGAUAUGGAGAAAGUCAACGGGAGAUAUUCAACCCGAACUGCAAAACGAAUGUUCUUCUGAAGUCCAUCAAGACCAAGUGUAAAUGCGACAGAGAAGCGGACAUUGAACUGUCGGACGAGUCAGGUAACAUCAAGAACUUGCGGGACCCGAGCCUCCAACAUAAAUACGCCAGCGAACUCUUGGACGAGAGGGAAAUAUUCGUACUUCUCAAAGUUGAAAAAACAGACUCGGAUAACCCGCAUAUACUUUACAAACCCUUGCUGCAGACAGACGAUGGCGUGCUCAGUGAUGAAUUCCUAGCUCGUCUGGCAGUAAAAGGCAACGAGACCCAGCAGAAAAGGGUUCGCUCCAGCACUCGAAGACGUGAUAAGCCUUCUGUGGCUGAGAGUUCCAAAGAUCACUCCAGGCAAAAUAGUAGAGAGAAAAAUAAUGACAAGUUAAAAACUGGAUCCAAGUCUGAUAAAAGACUCAGUGCAAGAUCUAAACGAUAGAUUUUGCUUCUUGUUUGUUGUUUGUGCUGUCAGUAUGUGCUGAAAGUGUGUGUUGUCUAUUAGAGUCCGUGUUUUACGUUUGUGUUUGUUAUCAAUAUAUUGUGUUGUUUGUUUUGGAAUGAGAUUUUGUAAUACUGCUUUUACUGCGAUUUAAGGGUAAAAUGAUUUUUGUGUCAUUUACCCAAGGUCUUUUGCUUCAUAUUUGAGUGAAUUGAACUUUAACCAGUACUAGAAAUGAACACAGUUAAGGAAAUACAAAAUAAGUUUGUUACCAUUUGUGACGUUUGUACAGAUUUAAGAUUUUGGAAGUCACGACUAAAAUUUUUCAGCCUUACGUCUAUUUUCAAUUGCAACAAUGUGUUAGUAUUACUUGUUGCCAUUUUACUGGAUUUUACUUGAACAAUCAAGUGACAUAACUAAUAUGAGAUUUAAUUUAUUACUAGUUUAAAUGCCGCAUUUCAGAAAUGUUAGUCAGCGACUUUAAUAGUACUGUUAUGGUACUAAUACUUAUAUUUGCAGUUUCUGAUUGUUUUUAUAAUGUUGCAAUGUUUUAUAUACUUUUUCAUGUGAAUAAAAAUAAAUAUCUUGA